GGGCGUUUCUGCACGGCGUGAAACAACACAGACAGCGGCACAGGACUGUUUUAAACACCGCUUCUCUCCAGUUGUUUGACUGUCAACUUGUCAGCAAUGAAGACGACCAACAGUCGCUCGUCGAGAUUUGGUAAAAACCCCUUCGUCCACCAGCUGAAACUCACCGGGAGGGAGAAGUUAAAGAUAGCGCUGAUGUCGGUUACAGUUUUUCCAGUGCGGCUGCUGCUCGUCUCUUUCCUCAUGCUGCUGGCGUGGCCCUUCGCCUUCACAGCCUCCCUGUGCCGUUCUGAGUUCGUCAUCGAGCCGCAGUCGUGGUGGAGGAGGUUUAUAGACCUGUCUCUACGAGUGAUCAUGCGAGCCAUGUGGUUUUGUGGAGGUUUUCACUGGAUCAAAGUGAAAGGGGAACGAGCAGCCCCCUCUGAAGCUCCCAUCCUCACGGUGGCUCCACAUUCUGCCUACUUUGAUGCCAUCCCAGUCACCAUGACCAUGUGCUCCAUAGUCACCAAACUGGAGAGCAGGAGCAUUCCAGUCUGGGGCACUUUGAUCAGCUACAUCAGGCCAGUGUUUGUGUUUCGGUCAGACCAGGACUCAAGAAGAAAAACUGUAGAGGAGAUCAAGCGGAGAGCUCAGUCAGGAGGGAAGUGGCCUCAGAUCAUGAUAUUCCCAGAGGGGACGUGCACCAACAGGUCUGGUCUCAUCUUAUUCAAGGCUGGUGCUUUCAUUCCAGGACUCCCAGUGCAGCCGGUGAUACUACGCUACCCAAACAAACUGGAUACUGUUACGUGGACGUGGCAAGGUCCCGGAGCGUUCAAGAUCUUAUGGCUCACUUUGUGCCAACCUCAUAAUUCUAUGGAGAUUGAGUACUUACCUAUUUACACUCCAUCAGAGGAGGAGAAGAAGAACCCGGCUCUGUUUGCCAAUAAUGUCAGAAAGCUCAUGGCCAAGGCGCUGGAGCUGCCACUCACAGACCUGUCCUUCGAUGACCGUGAGAUCAGCCUAUCACAGGGCCCACUGCGGAUACACGACUACAGCAGCUUGCUGGAGUUCAACCAGCUGAUUUGCCGCUUAGGGCUGAGAGCAGGGACCACGGGCAAGGCGCUUGAAGAGCAGGCCAGGAGAGCCAGAAAGCUGCAGGGAGACACGCUGGGUUUGGACGACUUUGCCCAGUUCCUCAACCUGCCAGUCACAGACACACUUGAGCAAGUCCACAGCUUCUUUGAUCAGCAUGGAGCUGGACAGAUAGACAUCAGACACUACGUUACUGCUCUGUCUGUCGUUCAUCGACCUUUGAAGCCAAUGGAAACCCUCAAAUUAGCCUUCAAGAUGUAUGAGAGUGAGGAGACUGGGGAAAUCCUAGAGGAGGACCUGGCGGUCGUCUUUGAAAUAAUGCUAGGAGUGAAAGAAGUGGACCUCUCAGGAAUGUUUUUAGUGCUGGAAGGACCUGACACAGGAAGGAUCUCUUACGCUGAGCUUCAGAAUUUUAUACAGAAGUUUCGAAACUUUGCCCUGGAAUGCCUCGAUUUUAAAGAUCACCCACGAAAAUUCUGCGUCGCCAGAGAAACGCGCUGCAACGGCAACAACCAAGAGAAGAAUAAAGAUAACUGAGCGACAGACUUACCCGCUAUUUACGUUCUCUAUCCUACCCGGCAGCAGAUGCUGCGGCUUGCCUGCCACCUCGGUGCCUUUAAGUUGCAGGUAGAGAAAGAACAAAGUUGUUAGGAAAGGUAAGAAUCUGUACUCCAUCUCUUAUCUUAAUUCUCUUUAGAUUUUUUUUUCUUUUAGUUUCAUUAUGAUAUCAAGGAAGCUGUUUUUAAUGCUCUAGAAAUAUUUAUUUAAAGUUGACUUUCUUAUGUAUCAAAUGCAGAUAUUUAAAUUAAGGUAUAUUUUAUCCUUGUGGGAGAAUUUGUGUUGAAGGUUAGCACUGUUGUUAUCUCAGACAAAUGGACAAUAGCCUAUUGCCCUUUCAUGCUGCUCUUCAGUCUAUUACAAAAAGACAAAGAACUCUUUAUUUCAUGUAAAAAAUAAUCGGGAUAUUAGACAUUCUGCCAUUAAGUGACAAGUUUAAAAUGUUAUCUUACCAAAUUAUUUUACUUAAGCUACCACAGACGAAGGUACAACAGUUUCUGGGUGUUUUGUGUUGCUGUGAGUGAGUCCUGCACCUCCAUGGAAACGGUACAACCGUGACUAGAAGUAGAGAGAACUAGGAAAUGUCUUCUAAACACUACAACAAAGUUUUAAUGCCAUAAGUCAGAAAAGGGAAAAAAAAGAACUGGUUGAAUACAGCAUUCUUCUGUACAUGUUGCCCACCGCUGCACGGCGGCUCACAGAUAGAAGGUCGCUGGUUCACAUCCCGGUGCAGCGUGGCUUCUUCCCACAGUUCAAAAACAUGUUGAGGUUA